AUGACCAAGGUACUACACCUUCUGUUAAUGGAAGAGUGGCAUCAAAAUCUUCAGUUCCUGUUCACAGGACACGUUUCAGUAUCCUCUAAUAAUCAAAAUGCAACUCCAAUGCAGGUAGAUGAUCAAGCAAGUAGACCUUCUGUUAAUAGAAAUAUGUCGUCAAGUUCUUCAGUUCCAGUUUCUGUUCAUAGGGAAUUUGUUUUUGGAGCCUCAAAGAAUCAUACCUCUCAAAAUGAUGCAACUCCAAUACAGGUAGACAACCAAGCUGCACAUUGGUAGCUAUUUUAGCUUAAUUCAGUGCUUAAGCAAUCCGUUCAACACUCAAUGAGAUGGCAUCUUCCAGUAGCAACAGUAACUUUGCAUUCUGGAUGCCAUGGAUCAAGAUCAAGAUAAUGAAAGUGGGAAGAGUGCAAGAAGCUUUAGGGAGCAAUCCAUUGUUGAUGGUGUUUUUUUAAACCAUGUAGAAUGUAGUGUUAUGUACACAAAUGAUAAGGCAUGUGAUGAUUAUGAAAUUUUCCUCUAAGUUAAUAAUUUUGUUCUUCAUAUGAAUUAUAUUUGCAAUAAUGUAGUGUUUUGAGAUUGUAUGGAAUUUUAAUGUGUUGCA